GGCUACGCGUGCGCACAAACACGAGGAUUUGGCGCGACAGUUAGACUAAGCGAAAAUUUGUAAGGUUCUAGGGAUCUGUGUAGAAGUCUGUAAUUCUGAAUCGAAGAACAUCAAAUUGAUCAUGACUGAAACACAGAGUGAGACACUGGCAUCAAGCCCUGAUCCAUAUUAUGAACCAGUUGUGAAAUUGGAAGCAAAAGUUUUACCAACAUUAGAGGAGAAUGAGACUGAGUUAUUGAAACUGCGUGCUAAAAGCUAUAGAUAUGUUAUUGAUGAAGAAGAUGGGCCACAAUGGAAAGAAAGAGGAUUAGGGGAAGUGAAAAUUCUAAAACAUGAAUCAAAAGGAACUGCAAGGAUAAUCAUGCGAAGGGAUAAGACAUUGAAAUUAUGCAUAAACCACUAUUUAUUGCCCAGCAUGGUUUUGGAGCCCCAUUGUUCAAGCGAGAAAGCUUUUGUGUGGAAGACUCCUGCAGACUUUGCAGAUGAGGAACCAAAGCAGGAAACAUUAGCAAUUAAGUUUGGAAAUGUUGACAAUGCUAAAAAAUUUAAAGAAAUAUUCGAAAAGUAUGCUAAAGAAACUGAAGCUGUGAUUGGUAAAACAGAGAAAGAAUCUGGUGAAGAUGAAAGUAAAAACCUUGCAGAUGAACUUGCUAAUUUAAAAGUUGCUGCAGAUAAAGCCAGCAAUGAAAAAAGUGAAAAGACAAUUAAUGGACAUAGUGCAACUGAUUCAAAAGAAAAAGAGGAUGAAAAGAAAGAUAUUUUAGAAGGAAAGGAAUCUGAAGACUAACAGAUGUCAGUAUUUUUUGGCCAGGAAUUGGAGACCAGGAACCGGAACUGUCCUUAUACUUUUGAUUAAGACAUUCCAGUCAAUAUGGUAAUAACUAAAACACAUUUGCUAGGCUGGCCAGCUACCAUUUGUGCCCUUUACGACAGUUGUUGUAACUCAAAGGAAAGCCAUUAAUUAAGCCUGGGGGUGAAAUCCAAUGUGUGUUUCCCAGAAGUAUAUCAAAGAUUUAAAAAAACAUAUUUACUUGAUUGUGCCAUUAUUAGGUGACAUUACCAUUCUGUUCUGUGGGAAAUUUAGUUAUUGUUCAAUACAAUAUAUUUUAAACUCAAUUAAGUUGAAGGAUAAUGCAGUGAUUUUAAGUCCCCGAAAUCUGUUCAAAAGAAAUCAAAAUGGGAGCUGCUUCUUGUACAGGUCACUAAUGAUGUGAAGGCAUACUGUUCUGUUUUUGAAGUUCAGCUAGUUGAAGUUGAUAAUAACUGGAUACAGCAGAAUACCUUGCAAGCACCACAGAGGUCCUUGUUCAAGAAUUCAAUAAAAAGUGUCAUACUUUCUAUAAAUUUUAAUUAGAGUCAAAAUGCAACCACUUUUGUUUAUAACCAUGAUAAAUCACAACAGUAUCAGAUUUUGCUUGAGCUUGUAACAUGAAUUUUGUUUGUUUACAACGUAUCUUACUGUGGAUUAUUCCUUAUAAUAUUUUAGUAUGUUGUGAGCUAAUAUAAACAGGUUUUAAAAUAAGUAUCAGUUUAAUGACAUCAUUUAUUUCAAAUGUUUUAUGUUAAAGUUUUAAGUG